AUGAGUGCCAAUCAGCUCUCAGGGUCCAUUCCUGACUCCAUCACCACCCUCCUCAGCCUCGUUUACAUCACCAUGAGUAACAACCUCACGAGCUCUGUGCCAGCUUUGAGUCGUCUCAACACUCCUGCCCCACCCUGCUCUCCCUGCCCACCCUCCCCACUCUCCCCACUCUGCCCCCUCUCCCCACCCAGCGCCAUGGUUCACAACAACCUCAUGGGCUCUGUGAUAAUGCUUUGUGAUAAUAAAAGGGUUUUCAGACGUCUCAAAACACUCUGCCCGCCCUGCCUGCCCUCCUCAUCCAAACCCCCCCCCUCCUCUUCCCCGCCCAGCGCCAUGGGUAACAACAACCUCACGGGCUCUGUGCCAGCUGGCAUGGGUCACCUCACCGCCCUCAGCCAGCUGUCAGUGCCGCCCCCCUCGUGUGCUUGCCCUCCCUCUCCCCUCGUGCCGUCUGCCCCACUCUGCACCUUUGCUGCAAUGCCUUGUUUUCUUUUUAUCAUCUACGUGGACAACACAGGGUUGCAGUGCGCCACAGGGGGGUGGUGCGAGCUGACUCAGCAGACAACGUCAGCAUUCUGCCAGCAUUGCUCCUUCUUCUGCUCCAACUGCUCCGUGCAACCAGGUGGGUGUGCAACCAGGUGGGUGUGCAGCCAGGUGGGUGUGCAACCAGGCGCCUCAAGAAUUGCAGUGGGUGUCACAUUCCCCACCUUUCCCAUCCCUCCACCUUUCCACCCCUUCCCCCCUCCAUCCGCCCCUUUCCAUUUACGCCAACCCCCACUGCAGCUGAUGUCUGUGUCGUUUCAGUUCAACCCCUCUGACGUGUGUGCAUCGUUUCAGUUCAACCCCUGCGGAGGGGGUGCCUGUGUCUCCCUCCCCAACGGCACCUACACCUGCCAAUGCCCUCUCGGCACCACCAUCGGGAACAACGGCACCAUCGCUCCCACUUGCGUCCUUUGUCCCACAUGCCUCAACUGUCAGUAA